GUUUUUGUGAAACCUUUACGGCUGUAAUCGUGUGCGCCUGUCCAAUUCUAAAUAGGUUAAUGAAUGAUGUAUUGUUCUUUUUGUGAACGUUUAUUCUUGAUAAAAUGUUAACAGGUGAAUUCACACUUGGAUAGUUUCUUUUGGAGGAGAAAGAAAGCAAGUGUCAUCAUGCGGAACUCUGACAGAAUGAACGCUCCAGCUUCAUUGGUAGCAGCCAUCUUGUUCACGUGUAUUCUUGGCGCAUGCGCACAGACACGUGGUCGUCGCAUUAUCACGAGAAUUCAUUCCAAUGAGCUCGUGAUUCCUUUGCAUCACAAGCAAAACGCCAUCGACAUGAAGACAGGAAAAGCAUAUGCUCCAAAUAGUUGCGGAACAGGCUGUCCUCCGCAGUGGGUCGAUGUUGUACACAGCAUGGCUGGUCUCGUCCCGAAUGUAUCCGAACCCAUGUGUGAGUUUGCCGACAAGUUUUCGCCAUGCUACCACGAGGGAGAUGUCUGUCCUAAAAAUCUUGUAGAAUUCACGUGCUGUCCGUCCAGAUGUAUGCCUUCUGUAGACGCAUGUUACCAUGGCAACCCGCCGGAGUUUCUUUGUGUGCCUAAAUCUAUACAGCCAUGGUUGGGGACAAUCUUCCGACUCAACAUCUGGGAUCCAAAUCAGCACUAUCAGUGAGCAAACGACACAUAAAAAGCAAAACAACAAAAUAUCACAUCAUUUGUAAUAUUUGUAUUCAUUUGUUGUCUGUCUCGAGUUCAAUAAAAUGUGGGGAAAAUGUUUAAA